CUCCGUGCAAACUGCCGGGAGGGCGGCGGGAAAAGGGCAAGACGGGAGUGGGGAAAGGGAAGGAUCCAGGAAGCCGCGCGGGAGGGCGCGCGCGCGCGCCCCUUUUUCAGCAGUGUGGCGGGGUCGCACGCACGCCCGCCUCGGCGGCUGGGCGCGGUUUGCGACAGUGGGGGGAGUGGUGGAGGUGGCGGCGGCAGUGGCAACUUUGCGGCAAGCUCCGGACGGGCUUGCUUGACGGCGGUGUGGCGGAGGCCCCGCCCUAGGCGGCAGGAACCUGGAGGGAGGCGGAGGAAUAUGUCCGAGAGGGAAGUGUCUACAGCGCCGGCGGGAACAGACAUGCCUGCGGCCAAGAAGCAGAAGCUGAGCAGCGACGAGAACAGCAACCCGGACCUCUCUGGAGACGAGAAUGAUGAUGCUGUCAGUAUAGAAAGUGGUACAAACACUGAACGCCCUGAUACACCUACAAAUACGCCAAACGCGCCUGGAAGGAAAAGUUGGGGGAAGGGAAAAUGGAAGUCAAAGAAAUGCAAAUAUUCUUUCAAAUGUGUAAAUAGUCUCAAGGAAGAUCAUAAUCAGCCAUUGUUUGGAGUUCAGUUUAACUGGCACAGUAAAGAAGGAGAUCCAUUAGUGUUUGCAACUGUAGGAAGCAACAGAGUUACCUUAUAUGAAUGUCACUCACAAGGAGAAAUCCGGUUGUUGCAAUCUUAUGUGGAUGCUGAUGCUGAUGAGAACUUUUACACUUGUGCAUGGACAUAUGAUAGCAAUACAAGCCAUCCUCUGCUAGCUGUAGCUGGAUCUAGAGGCAUAAUUAGGAUAAUUAAUCCCAUAACAAUGCAGUGCAUAAAGCACUAUGUUGGCCAUGGAAAUGCUAUCAAUGAGCUGAAAUUCCAUCCAAGAGAUCCAAAUCUUCUCCUGUCAGUAAGUAAAGAUCAUGCUUUACGAUUAUGGAAUAUCCAAACGGACACUCUGGUGGCAAUAUUUGGAGGUGUAGAAGGGCACAGAGAUGAAGUUCUAAGUGCUGAUUAUGAUCUUUUGGGUGAAAAAAUAAUGUCCUGUGGUAUGGAUCACUCUCUUAAACUUUGGAGGAUCAAUUCAAAGAGAAUGAUGAAUGCAAUUAAGGAAUCUUAUGAUUAUAAUCCAAAUAAAACUAACAGGCCAUUUAUUUCUCAGAAAAUUCAUUUUCCUGACUUUUCUACCAGAGACAUACAUAGAAAUUAUGUCGAUUGUGUGCGAUGGUUAGGUGAUUUGAUACUUUCCAAGAGUGGCCGUGCCAUUUUACAUUCCCACCAGCAAUGUAUGAAAGAUCCAGUGUCUUCGAAUCUUCGCCGGCAUUUGUCUUGUGAAAAUGCCAUUGUAUGCUGGAAACCUGGCAAAAUGGAAGAUGAUAUAGAUAAAAUUAAACCCAGUGAGUCUAAUGUGACUAUUCUUGGGCGAUUUGAUUACAGCCAGUGUGACAUUUGGUACAUGAGGUUUUCUAUGGAUUUCUGGCAAAAGAUGCUUGCAUUGGGCAAUCAGGUUGGCAAACUUUAUGUUUGGGAUUUAGAAGUAGAAGAUCCUCAUAAAGCCAAAUGCACAACACUGACUCAUCAUAAAUGUGGUGCUGCUAUUCGACAAACCAGUUUUAGCAGGGAUAGCAGCAUUCUUAUAGCUGUUUGUGAUGAUGCCAGUAUUUGGCGCUGGGACCGACUUCGAUAAAAUACUUUUUCUCAAUCAAAAUUAGAGUGUGUUUUCUGUGUACAGUAGAACUAACGUAUCUUGCUAGUAAGGGCACAUAGAGCAUUUAGAGUUGUCUUUCAGCAUUCAAUCAAGCUGAGCUGAAUGUAGUGAUGUUUACAUUGUUUACACUCUUUGUACUGUCUCCUGCUCAGACUCUACUGCUUUUAAUAAAAAUUUAUUUUUGUAAA